AUGGACUUUGCCUUGAGCUUAAAGGACAAAGAUAGUUUUAAGCUUCACUUUCUUUUCAGGCGGUUUGCUUGUAAAGAAUUCUCACCACACCCUGCCUGGCCUCCAAGAGACCUACUAGGCCUCGAGGCUGUUGGGCUUGAGGGCGCCGAGUUCUACUUUAACGUGGACCAUGGCUACCUGGAAGGCCUGGUGCGAGGGUGCAAGGCCAGCCUCCUGACCCAGCAGGACUACCUCAACCUGGUCCAGUGCGAGACCCUGGAAGAUGUGAAAAUUCAUCUCCAGACCACUGAUUAUGGAAACUUCUUGGCUAAUCAAACAAAUCCUCUUACUGUUUCCAAAAUUGACACGGAGAUGAGGAAAAAGCUAUGCAGAGAAUUUGAAUAUUUCCGGAAUCAUUCCCUGGAACCCCUGAGCACGUUUUUUACAUACAUGACGUGCAGUUACAUGAUAGACAAUGUGAUUCUACUGAUGAACGGUGCAUUGCAAAAAAAACCUGUGAAAGAAAUUCUGGCCAAGUGCCACCCAUUGGGCCGUUUCACGGAAAUGGAAGCAGUCAACAUUGCGGAGACACCUUCUGAUCUCUUUAAAGCCGUUCUGGUGGAAACACCAUUAGCUCCAUUCUUUCAAGACUGUAUGUCUGAAAAUACCCUUGAUGAACUGAAUAUUGAAUUACUGCGCAAUAAACUGUACAAAUCUUACCUCGAGGCAUUCUAUAAAUUCUGUAAGAAUCAUGGUGAUGUCACAGCAGAAAUCAUGUGUCCUAUUCUUGAGUUUGAGGCUGACAGACGUGCUUUUAUCAUCACUCUUAACUCCUUUGGCACUGAGCUGAGCAAAGACGACCGGGAGACCCUCUACCCGACCUUCGUGAUAUGCAAAAUAUUUGACAAUCUGUUUGGCAUGAGCAUUUGA